AAUGUUAUAACUGUAGGCGUUGUCGCACAUAAUAAAAUGUGUUGUUAAGCUGUUUUUACCUUGAUUCUUUCCAAUACAUUGUAUAAAUAUGAAAAUUACCAUCCUUGCUUCAUUGCAAGGUGGCAAAUCGACAGUGCCACCGUGUUGCGAAAGUGGCCACGUGGUUGAUAUCUAUAAACGUAGCGUAACAUUUAAUGGGUCUGUUUACUUAGGAAGUGUAUUCUGCAACGACAUAUAUGCUGACCAAGAAGGUAAAUAAUUGACUCGGCCAAUGAGAACCGAAAAUUAUCGCAUACUCUGCAGUGCUUUCGCGUGCAUUUCUUAAAUUGCGGGUAUGGAAAGAGUCUGCCAUCUACCAAUCGGAGCAUUAGGUCUAUAGGUCUCGUGUAGAAUUUAUCUAGUGCGUGACACCACAACGAAAAGCAAGCAACGUUUCAAAGGGGUUGCGUUCACCUACGAGAGCGGUAUCACUUAUUGUCUUGCCAAACGGUGGUCUGGUUUUCUUUUUGAAUAAUAAUUAGGUAGCCAAAACAGAGAGUCGUUAUCCGAAUACAAUUUUAAAUAUUUAAAAUAAUAAACAAUAUGGCAAAUCUGAAACAAGAACUACCUGAAUGGUGCCAAAAAGACUUUGUUCCCUAUCAAGAUACUUUCAAAUAUACUCCAGAAGACAAAAUAAUUGAAUGGAAAGGUCAUUUCUUCGUUCCACAGUUCCAUCCAGAAACAGUAUCCUAUGCUUUCGAUCAUCAUGAACCAAGAGAAAACGAAGUGAUGGUGGCAUCGUAUGCGAAAACAGGCACAACAUGGACUCGAGAAAUAAUUCGUCAAAUAUUAUAUGGAAGAGACGAAAAACUUGAUGACCUGACAAAAGAUAUCACUUUACCCCAUUUGUAUCUUGAAUCAUGUACACCUUCCAAGUUCAACGUUAUGCACAAUAUUCCUAUACCUAGAAGAUAUUUUGUUACGCAUCUACCAGCGGAAUUGGUAAAUUUAGAGAAAUAUAAAAGAAGAAACAUUAAGGCGAGCCUAUGCUACAUUAUAUAUAUCAUAAUAUAUAUCAUUUUUGACAAUGAAAAUCUGGGACAAAAUAUUAGCUCGAUCACUCAAGGUGAUAUUCCAGAAUCUAAAAUAUAUGUAGAAAAGCAGCCGUAUCCUUUGAGAAUGCGAAAAGGAGAAUCAUAUUUGGAUCAUAUUUUAAGUUGGCUGCCGCAUUUGGAAAACAACAAAAACGCAAUAUUGAUUGUGUAUGAAGAAAUGAUCAAGAAUCCCUUCGGAAAAACAAAAGAGCUGUCAGAAUUUUUGGGUGUGAAACUAUCAAAUGACGAAAUAAAUAAAAUUGUUCAAAAUUGCUCAAUUGAUAACAUGAAGAAAUCGGAUAUGGUUUCAAAAUCAGAAGAUGGAAUGAUUCGCAAUACAAUUAAACUAUGCUUGACAGGAACUAUUGGUAAAUGGAAAAACCAUUUUACUGCGGAACAAUCUGCUGAAAUAGACAGACAAGUUGAAGAAAAAUUGAAAGGAACAGGAAUCAAAUUUAUAUAUGAAUAGCUUUUAAUUACGGAAUUUUGGUCUUAUUUGAGUUAUUUCUUAUAGAUUCCUAGCGUACCUAAAGCACUUUUGGGGGCUUGAAUUUAUAUAUCACAUGCAUAAUUGCUCUUGACAAUUGCUGUGAAUUUUAUCUUUCCGAAAUGAAAAUGUACUUUUAUCGUUUAG